CUCAACACCCUCGCAGAUCGGUUUCUACUGCGGUUAAUACGAUGUACCAGGCUACUUCCCGCCACGAACAAAUUCUUUAUGCCUUAGAGAUAGUGUCUAGUCUAACAGAUGACGAACUUCGGGAAUACAGGGAAAAUAUCAAGCCCGCGCACCAGCGACUAAGCCGACGAAGUCGCUCAUUGGAUGCCAUGGAUUUUCUGGACAAAGCCUUGGAAGAGUUUCCGAGUGUGGAAGCCUUUCUCUACGACCAAGGUGAUCUGACACCCAUUAUCCUUCGGGCAGAUUAUGGUAGUGGCGAUACCAAUCCCGCGAGUGCAUUUAUAACAGGAAGUUCGUGCAAUGACCCGCAGAAGUGGCUUUUGCGGGCUUUGGCCAGAAGGAGCAUAGUUCGUUCUAUCUAUGAGCAGCAGACCAACACUAUGGCGUUCAUUCGAGCGAAUCGUUUGCCUAAUACGACCACGGUUGCAAAUUCUAUUGGUGAUGGUACAAAGCCAGAUCAGCUAGAGAAAUCCCUCGGCGGCUCAGGGAUUUGGCUUAUUCUCAUGCCAGUGCUUUCGCUGUUUAGACAUGUACCGCAACCGGAAAUUACUGUUAUCUCCCAACUACUAUUAUACGAUGAGCGCUUUUAUUCACUCAGGAGGGCCGCGUUAACAUGGUCACGCUGCUUCGACCGAUGCCAGGCGUUGUUUGACCUUCAGAUACGUAUGUAAGGUCACUUCCCGGACAAAGUUACUAGCUACUAAGACGUGGAGACAGGCAGGUGUAAUACGUUGGGGCAGAGAUGACCACCCCGUCGGGAAGA